AUGUCAAAAACAUCCUCAAUUUCUAACACAAGGGCAGAGGUAUGGCGAACUCGUCUAGGUUCUGCUCUACGAACAACCUUAGCAUGCAGCAUAGCAGGUUGCAUCUCAUACUAUAGUCCUGCACCUCUCAGACGCUACUUGGAAUUCCCAUCUUACACUUAUUCAACAACAGUGCUCAUAGUGUCGGAUGCAACACUGGGUGACGCGUUAAGAGGUUGUUGGCAUGUUAUUUGUGCAAGCGUUCAGAUUAUGAUUAUCUCCAUUCUUAGCCUGCAGGUAAUAGGACCUCACAACUUCACCAACAGCGUGGCUGCGUUGGCGAUGAUGGCAAGUACGUUUGUAAUUGCGCUGCCAGAAUCAACCCACUUGGUGAGUAAGCAACUAGCAUUUGGACAGCUAGUGAAUGUUUAUGUAAGCACAGUGAUUGAUGGUGGACAAGAAGGGGUGUUUGUGCACCCAAUUUCCGUGGUUUGCUCUACUGCCCUUGGAGCUGUGGCUUCUGUCCUCGCCAUGUUGUUCCCUUAUCCUCGCCUUGCCCACAAUCAGACAAGGAAGUUCUAUCGAUUAUACGCUGAGAAUACUCUUGAAAGGUUAAAUUGCAACAUAGAGGCCAUCUCUGCCUCAGACAACUCAACUGCCGUUGGUUUCUCCAAUCAAGCUAAGUUUCUCUUUACCACAGGAGCCAAGCUACAAGAGAGUAUCAGAACUAAGCUGGAUGGCCUGCGCUGGGAACAGCCUCAAACAAGAAUUUUCAACCCCGAUUGGAUUGACCUAGAAGAAAAACUGCAAGCCUUGGAGAUACCAAUUAGAGGAAUGGAGAUUGCUCUAUCUAGUUGUACUUCUUUUCCUGUUGGCGUCAUUGAUGAGGAGCUCAGAGGGGUCUUGCACAACUGCAGAGGACAGUUGAACCAAAAAUUAGAUCAGCAAGCUAAUUGCUUCGCUGAUUUUGAUGCAACCACAACUUCAAAGAUGAAAGAAAUUAUUUUGACCAAAAACCUUUCCAUAGCCUAUAAAAAUCUGCCCACCUCGUUCUUUUUAUACUGUGUACAUCUUCUCCUAGAUAACUCGCCCAUUGCAAAGAUAAAUGAUCACAUGCUCGGAAAAACUCAAAAAAGUGUGGAUUGCCAAUGGAACUCUAGAAAGAUCAAAGAGAUUGUGAUGAACUUGAUCCCUAGCAGUCACAACUUGACCUUUGCAUUCAAGUGCUCUUUUUCAUUAGGCCUUGCUGUGUUUUUCGGUUUGACAUAUAACAAGGAAAAUGGAUAUUGGUCUGGACUCUUAAUCGCCCUCUGUUUCAUGACUGGACGACAUCCAACAUUCUCAGUUGCAAAUGCCCGAGGACAAGGAACUGCAAUGGGAUCAGUAUACGGGAUAAUUUGUUGCUUCAUUCUCCAAAGGUUUGUGCAUUUAAGGUUCAUAUCUCUUCUACCAUGGGUAGUUUUCUCUUCUUUUCUUAGGUACAGUAGAAUGUAUGGUCAAGCUGGUGCGGUUUCGGCAGUUACUGGGGCCUUAUUAGUCGUUGGUAUGAGGCACAGUGACACACCUAUACAAUUUGCACUUGCUAGACUCGUCGAGGUUGCGAUAGGACUCCUUUGCUUCGUUGUCGUAGAGAUUCUUUUUAAUCCCUCAAGAGCUGCAACUUUAGCAAAAUCUGAACUCUCUCAAAGUUUGAGGACACUUCAAGAUUGCAUUGACUGGAUCACCCAUAUUACUCCUAGGGAAAGGGACAUGCUAUCUUCAAGCUAUCAAGCAUUGCGAGAAGGACAGAAGAAGCUGAAAUCUAUUGUGUGUCAACUAGAAGAGUUCACUGUAGGGGCUGAGUUGGAGCCAAAUUUCUGGUUCAUUCCAUUUCAUAGUGCCUGCUACAGUAAGAUGCUGGAAUCCCUAUCAAGGAUGGUAGAUCUCUUGCUUUUUAUUGCAUACUCAAUGGAAAAUGUCACACGAUUGUCACAGAAGGAUGAAGCAUUCUGGACAGAUCUCCAAGAUCGAGUGAAUGAGAAUGUGCGGAUUUUUAAGGACAACAUUGGCCGCACACUGAAAUUCCUUGAGGAGAUAACAAGGAUCAAGUCUCUCAGGAAACUUGAAAAUGAAUUGAAGAAAAUAAAUCUUCCUUGCGAUAUUGAGUCACAAGAGUAUCUAAAUGCAAAUGCAUUUAGGAUAUUGAAUGGAGAUGAAGAGGUCGAAAACAUUACAAGCGCUUUCCUCCAACAUGUAGAGGAGAUGGCUAACAAAACCGAUACCAACAAAGAUGAGGACAUGUUUAAAGGUCAGAUGCUUUUUCAUUACAGUUGCUUGGGAUUCUGCGCCAGUAGCUUGAUGAAAGAAACAGUAAAGAUUCAGAGCGAACUAAAAGAACUACUUAUGUGGGAGAAUCCCUCAAGUCAAAUAAACUUCAAAGAAUUUUAUACUAAGAUCAAUGCUGUGUUCACAGUAAAUCUAGCACCGUGAUUUAGGGUGACUCUUAGAAGAGGUUUAGCCCU